AUGCUGUUCACCUUUCGCCCCCCACCACUAGGUUCUGUCAUGAAAUCCGUACGCUGUCGAACACCCGGGCUCUAUCAAAGGUUUCCCAAUCUACUAUCCAAUUCUGUGUUACGCUCCUUGUCCGAUUGCCAUGCGUCCGAACUAUCCGGUCCUAGUUUUGGCCGCUCGUGUGAAAAGGCCGAUCGUGAAGCAUACCGGAAAAUCUUUAUCAAUGACGAUCAACACAAUCUCGAGCAUACAUUUCAGCUACUCAUGGAUAUUGUUAAGCGACCCUGCCUUGGCCACUUCGUGGAGCGGAUUGAGUAUGUGCUCACGCCUAGCGAUGGUGGUGACUACCCUGAAUUACCAUAUCAACGCAAUCUAAGCGCGGACGAUAUGCACCUUCUCAGACGUGCGGUGCAAAAUGCGGGCUUUCUGGGUAACAAGGAAGAGAGAAUCAUCAAUAUGCUUAUGCAAACCAAAUUAGACCAUGACUUGGGCUACAAUAACCCUGAUGGUUGUAGAGUCUGGAGAUUUGGCAUUACACCCACCUACAUCACACAAGCUAUUGUCGCCCUUAUCGUGUCCAUGUCACCAAAUAUUGAGACUAUGGCAAUGACACAGCCUUUCUAUCACUACAGCGAACUCGAGGAAGAGGGAGAGUGGGCUAGAGAAUUGCCGCUCGUUCAAGUUUUCCGAUCUGCCAAUUCCCGCCCAGAGGGAACUCGCUUUCUUCAGAAACUACGCGAGGUCUACUUGAUCAAUCGAGGAGACUGUUAUACUAGUGAUAGCCGAUUCUAUAUGCAGGCAGAUCUGAUUGCUUGCCUCGAGCUCUUCAACAAACUCCCAUCCAUCGAGUCAUUCGGUAUCGAUGUGUUUGAGCCAGACGAGAACAACGGAAAACAGACAUGCGAGCAGGCAAGCUCGAAUAUCAGCAAAAUCAAAAUCAACCACUCCUCUCUACCCUCGAGCUAUCUCUUGUGCGUGAUGGCUUCAAGCAAAACCCUAACCGAACUCCAAUAUACCCUCGGAGGAAGGGCAAGUCUUGAUGGGGGAUAUCAUAUGUUCAAUCCCAAAGCCUUUAUCAAAGGGCUAUCAGCACACAAAAAAACGCUACAAGUUCUCGACAUCGAUACCGAAGACUUCCCUUGGAAAUACCCUGAUGCAGUGACGUCGCAACACUCCUAUUCCACGGACUGGGAAAAAUAUGGAGGCCCCGGUGAAUUCGAGUUUGACGCAUACGACCCCGAUGAACUCGGUGAAGAUGACCCCGAUCUCAAGAUGCACCGAUACUUGACAUCGAUUUGGGACCGCGAUGCGUCAUUGAAAGACUUUGUGGCACUGGAAGAACUGCGCAUUGGCAUUGGAUUUUUGAUUUACUUCGCCCAGGGCGUUGAGAUCGAUGAUGCGAAAAGAGGAAGUGUCAGACUAGUGGACUCUCUGCCAGAUAGCCUGGAGUAUCUGUCUAUUCGAGGCUAUAAAAGGGGAGCAAACGAAGCACACGAUAAGGAAGUGGCUGCGUUAAUGGCCCAAUUUGACUCGGGUUCUUUACGGUUGAAGGAGAUCAAGGGGGUAAAUGAGAUUAUUCCGAAUGGUUACCAUAUUGAAAAUCCGGAUGAAAAUGACCAUUUAUUGUGGUCUUUGGAGGAGGUAGGAUUUUCUGACUACUAA